UGAAAAGUAAGCAUCCACCCGGAAGUGCUCAGCACCCUGCUCCGCUUUAGACUUGGAGAUGAGCCGAGUUCUGCACAUAUGAGCGCUGUGACGAGAAUAAUGUCGAAGUUCCGCCUGGCUGUGGUCCAGCUGCAGGUGAGCAGCGUCAAAGCGGACAACCUGAGCAAAGUGCGGAGGCUGGUGAAGGAGGCAGCGGAACAGGGCAGCAAAGUGGUGCUGCUGCCGGAAUGCUUCAACUCUCCGUACGGAACUGGCUUCUUCUCCAAGUAUGCUGAGAAGAUCCCAGGAGAAUCCACGCAGAUGCUGUCAGAGGUGGCCAAGGAGAACAAGCUGCAUCUGGUGGGAGGCUCGAUCCCUGAAGAGGACGGAGGGAAGCUGUACAACACCUGCGCCGUGUUUGGUCCUGAAGGAGAGCUGAUUCUCAAACACCGGAAGAUUCACCUGUUCGACAUCGACGUUCCAGGGAAAAUCCGCUUCCAGGAGUCCGAGACGCUGAGCCCCGGGAACAGCCUGUCCACGUUCGACACGCCGUUCUGCCGGGUGGGAGUGGGGAUCUGCUACGACAUGAGGUUCGCGGAGCUCGCUCAGCUCUACAACAGGAAAGGCUGCCAGCUGCUGGUUUACCCCGGAGCCUUCAACAUGACGACAGGCCCCGCCCACUGGGAGCUGCUGCAGAGGGGACGGGCCCUCGAUAACCAGAUGUAUGUGGCCACGGCGUCGCCUGCCAGAGACGAAGCCGCGUCCUACGUGGCCUGGGGUCACAGCACCGUGGUGAACCCGUGGGGAGAGGUCAUCGCCAAGGCCGGGCCUGAGGAAUCCAUCAUCUACGCUGAUAUCGACCUGCAGUACUUGGCCGACAUCCGGCAGCAGAUCCCAAUCAGCUCCCAGCGUCGGGACGACCUCUACGCCGUGACGGCCGUGCAGCAGGGAUCGGGCUGAACGCUCCAAACAGGAUCACGCUCCUCUAAAUAUGUGAUUUCUGAAAAUCCCAACGUUAAAUAAUCUUGCUUCUUGUCAUCAAGGAGACUGGCUGUUAAUAUUUAGUGCUUGAUGGAGCAGUUGCGUUAGCCAGUCGUGCGUUUUAGUCAGAAGGGGAGAUCUGACUCAGGACCAGCCUUCACGUGAAGAACGACGAACCGGGAGGGAAAACGGUCAAGGAGAACUUUAUUUUCUUUUCUUUUCAUUUUUCCUCCUGAACCAUUUAAAUGUGAUUUGAGCUCGUGUUUAAAUGCCGCAGUUUUACGUGUGUGUUUCUCUGCUCUGGUUGCCCACUGAAAUCCAGGUUAAUAAAAAAUGUUAAAAAAUCCCAGA